ACAACAACAAUAAUAAUAAUAAUAAUAAUAAUAAUAAUAAUAAUAAUAAUAAUAAUAAUAAUAAUAAUAAUAAUAAUAACAACAUUCCAGAGAAAGGAAUACUGAAGAUAAUACGCCUCUUCAAUUCUUUGAUGAAAUAGAGAUCCAUCCGUUGAUUAUUCCGAUCGAAAAUGAUAUUUGUCCUGACAUGUUCCCAACAAUUUAUCAGUGUCUGAAGAAGCUCGGGACACCGAGAAACUACGAUUUAACACCAACAGAAGUGAUGGAAGCACAAAAACGUGCGGACGCUAAAAGAAGUGCUGAGGAGGCGGCUUCAAAAAUACGAGAGGAACGAGAAUUAGAAGAACGUAAGAGAGAACGUGAAAGAAAAAUGAUGGAGUGGACGGAAUUGUUAGAAAAAUUGCAAGAAGAGGAAGAAGAAAAGUUUUGUAUUAUGGGUCAACCGCUUCGACAUUAUUUAGUUCGAUACGUGUUUCCGACAUUGACAAAGGGUCUUAUAGAAGUUGCAAAAUUACGACCAGAAGAUCCAGUAGAUUUUCUAACAGAAUAUUUUCUAACUCUUUCGAAUGCUACACGUCGGAGGACGAGAACAGAAUGACGAUUAAACGAUCGCGACGAUCGAACGGUAUCUCGAUCGUUUGGCAAGUCGCCAAUGAUCAAACAAUUAUUUAAACAUCGCCAGAGGCUUUUCGAUAUAAUCCAUUGUCUCUGUUAAACGUCUGCUCGCUAUGGUAUCUAUCGAUUAUUUGUGUGGGAACGAUCGAAAAGAGAAAAGCCAUAAUGGAUUUCAUCAAAUAAUAGACUGUAUGUAUUUACAUGAUGGACACUGAUAUGAAACGCCACAAAAUGGAUCUCUCCAAUAUGAACGGAGAAAUAUUAUAGAAAUUGCGGAACAAACUACUUUAUCUACGAAAGGACCCUAUACCAUUUUUACGGAUGGAUCGUUCAAGACUUGUAGCGCAUAAACCAUUCAUAAGAUUUUUUUCAAAAUGACAACAACUACAAAAUAUCAAAAAAGGAUGAUUUUUUUUUGUUUAUUUGAAAUUUUUAUUAUAUAUCUGAAAAAGAAAUCAUGAUAUGUU